AUGGCAACUUUCGAAACUUCGGACAACGUUUUUCAGAGUAAUCCCUCUGAGCACAACUCGACCGGCUCCGUCUACCCGCCGCCGCAUUACAGCCGCUGCGGGUCGUUCCACCAGGCGCCGCCGCCGUACUCAGAGGUAACGUCGAAGCCGGACCUGUAUCCGCUGGUGAUCACGUGCGGCGACGGCGACGGCAAGGGCGGCGGCAACUACCUCAUGGUGCACUACUUCCGGAACUACGUCAUACGCGCGCCAGGCUCUCUCUCAGCGACGAGUACUGCAGAAUCUCUCAACUCCAGUUUCAUAUGCAACGCAGCAAAUGAGGCAAAUUCGAUCAUACCGCCGCCAUACUCGUGCGCGAGCAACUACUCGGAUUGCGGCGUGGCGUGCGGCCGCUCGCUGCUACGCUCGCUGUCCUCGCUGACGGAGCCGCGCGCAGCCCCUGUCCUACCGGUCACUGCCCCCGCCAUCGCCGCCGCCCCGGCCCGAAGCAGGACCACGUCGGACUCCGCUUGCGCGCGCUCGCGGGCCGAGUCCCAGGCCUUCCGGGACAACCUCAUCACUUCCCCUGUACAGCCCCUUGACCCCUCAUUCGACUUAGAGCUCGAGCUGAUAGACUGCGAGAUGUACUGCGACGGCGGCUGCAAGCCUCGCCUGGGGUCUUCGCCCCCGGGCCACCAUUCGCCCGGCGCGCCCGAGCCCUGCCCGCGGGCCGCCUACGCGCCGCGCCCGACCCCGCCCGCGCCCGCGUCCCCCCCUCGUCCCACCAGCCCCACCCAGUCCCAGGACUCCACGCGAAGACCCAGCGACGAGCGCCGCCCUCGCAAGAAGCCCAGGAAAUCGAGCUUAUACAUGCCUCUCUCCGUUGCCUACCCCACCAGGACCAGACCCUCUCCUGGUGCCCGCGUCUCCUCUCGCUCGGCCCCUGCUACUCCUUGCGGUGCGCUCCCCAAUCUCCUCACGUUCACGCAGCGCGUAUCCGCCUCCCGAGUAGGCUCACGCUCCUCUCGCUUCGAGGAGGAAAGCAACCCAUUGCUAGCCGACAUCGAAAACGCUCGCACCGACCAUAAAUUUUAA